GGCAGACCGCAGAACAGCUCAGGAGAGGCAGCUCACCACGUAGCAGAGAGGAAACGGGGGGAAACCACUACUGUUGUUUGGCACAGCUGCAGCAGUUGGUUGUGUCGCAGGACACCGCUAGUAAAAAGUCUCCACCGGUUCCGUGACCAUGCCCGGUGCCGCGGCUGGCGACCGUCGGCUGCUGAUGGAAGUGGAGAAGGGGAAUUUGAGUGGCGUCAAGAAAUUGCUCGCGGGCGGAGCAAACGUGGACGGAUCGCGCGAGCUGGAAUAUCCCCCGAUCAUGGGCGCUGCCAGAAACGGCAAUGCCGCCAUGCUCAAGCUUCUAAUAUCUAAAGGUGCCGAUCUGGAGACUGAGGCGCGUUUCCCAGCAGGGAGCAGAGCAAUCCACGCCGCUAUAUCUGGGGAGAAUCCUACUGCCUUAAGCGUCCUACUGGAGGCUGGGGCCGACUUCAACAGCCGCGAUGGUGCAGGGGAAACUCCGCUUAUGUUAACAGCUCUUGCUGACACAGGAGCUCUACUGGCACGGGAACUGUUCAAGGUCGGGGCCAGUCCUUUCGUGAAGAACGCCGAUGGCAUGAGCGCGAUGCACGUAGCAGCAGGCCUGGGCAACCUUGAAGUCAUGACGGUGAUCUUGACAAACACACCAUCGGCGCUCAACGUCCUCGACAACAAGGGGUUUACCCCUAUGGGUAUUGCUGCACUGAGGGGCCAGCGGCGUGCGGUUUUCCAUCUUCUGUCGGCAGGGGCGAGCGACCUGGGGGUCGACGAACAGAAUGCGGCAAUUUUAUGGGCUUGCGACGGAGGCCAUCCACGCAUGGUUCGUAUGAUGCUCGAACACGGCAUCAACAGGGUUGGGGGGCUGGGUGCGAUCCCCAACUCUAUUGGCGUGGCAGUGCAGGGUCGGCAGGCCAAAAUUCUCGAGAUGCUGGUUUCCGCCGAGGGAGAGGAGAAUCGACGAAAGUGGGCCGAGUGCCGGUUGAGGGACGGCACUCCGCUUCACCUGGCUGCAGCAUGGGUCUCUGUAAGGGCAAUACAUGUGCUUCUCUCGGCUGGAGCGAGGGAGACGCUACCCAACGGCUAUGGCAAGCUUGCUAGCGAAGAGGUUGGGAUAGCCUUAAGGCCACCCGCCCGGAGGAGUCCACGGAAGGAGGCGGCCGUCGUUCGAAUGCUGCAGAGGGGACCAGCUUACCGUGCUCGAUCGUACGGUUGGCCCACCCUAGAUGGCGGCAAUGGUACCUCUGACGUGACCCUCUCGUCGAGAACCAGGGGAGCGAACUCCUUUGGGGUGCAGAUUUUUCGUCCGACGGGUACGAGAUUCUUCGCAACCCGGUUCGCCAGAUACGCGAACAAGUGAGUAUUCAACAGGGCUGGAAUGGUGAAGCACGGGUCAACUUUGUAGACAGCGAGCAGCCUUUGGGUGGUGACACCGCAAGCGGGAAUACCUUUGCCGUCGUUUCCUGCUGGAUCAACAACCUGUUUUUCGUGGUCGAUGCGCUUUCCGAAGAGGUCACUGAUUAUUCUGCGACAUUCUCGUAUUUAUUUCCUGUGAGUAGCUGAAUGCAUCAGCGAACGUUGCCAUCCAAGAUUCUGUGCAAGAGCAAGAAUUAGUCGUUCAUGCAAGUAUUGGAUAGGGCGACCGAGAAACGCGCUAUGUCGUAUGAUAUGUAGCGUUCGUUUGCAUGCUGGGACUCCCUGCUUCGUUUGUUCCCAUGCCCUGCCCUCGGUGUUUAUCUCCGUUGUUGUAUUUCAUCUUGCUUUGGAAAAGAAAGCGUUAACUUUGGAGUGCAGUGCAUAGAUACCUCCACCGUAAAAAGCCGGGGCAAAUGUAACAUGCCUGCUGGCAUCUCCG